AUGGACGGUCAAGGCCGUCCCAAGCCGGACCGCGAGGAUUCAUCUAAGCAGCUUCAGGAGCCCGGCCAGUUAUCGGACGCCACAUCAUCAUCAGAGCUGGCUGGCGCGGUUUUUGACGCCAAGUCAGCACGGAGAGGCCGCGUGGACGUAUCGCGACAUAAUCUGCCCCUGAGCAGCAUCGUCAACCAGGCGGCGGUGAAGGAGGCGCUGCUGGCAGCGGCAGUAGAUCCGGGGCUGGGAGGGGUGGCGCUGGUGGGGGGCCACGGCACGGGCAAGACCGUCAUGGCGCGCGCGCUGCCCCUGCUGCUGCCGCCCAUUGCCGUUGUUGAGGGCAGCUGGGCCAAUGCGGACCCGCUCAUGCCGGAAGAGUGGGAGGAGGGGCUAAGGGAGAGCAUAAGGGAGCGGGGGUGCGACGAGCACCAUCCACCCAUCACCCUCUGCAACCCGCCUUUUGUGCAGGUGCCCCUAGGAGUGAUGGAGGAUGGGCUACUGGGGUCGGUGGACGUGGAGGGCAGAGGCCUCGCAUCCGCUGUACCGCCUUGCACCCCCUCGCAUCCCUCGAAUCCAUGUCCCCUGGUGCCCUCCCGUGCACAGGUGCCGCUGGGAGUGACGGAGGACCGGCUGUUAGGGUCGGUGGACGUGGAGGCGUCCAUCCAGGCGGGCCGCAACAUCUUCCUGCCGGGGCUGCUUGCGCCAUCAUUCGUGGCUCUCUCUCACCGCUAUGCCACUCACCGCUAUGCCACUCACCGCUAUGCCACUCACCGCUAUGCCAGCCCGGUCGCUGCCAGCCCGUCAGUGUGGCAUGCGGUGCGAAUCCCCCUUCACCCCUUUCACACCACGGCUGGCUUAUCAGAGCGUGUGGCACCCCGCACACCCCGUGUUGUAUCGUAUCAGUGCCACCGUGGAGUGCUCUAUAUGGACGACGCCAGCCUGCUGGGCGACAUGGUGGCGGCGCUGUUCUUCCCUCUCCCUCAUGCUGGCGGCGCUGCUCUUCCCUCUCCCUCAUGCUGGCGGCGCUGCUCUUCCCUCUCCCUCAUGCCAUCCCACAACGCCAUGCAUGCAAUCCCUGCCACCCACCCACCGCCCAUCGACCCCAACCGCACCCCACGGCACGCCACGCCCCCAGAGAGCCACCGCGGAGUGCUCUACAUGGACGACGCCAACCUGCUGGACCAUGCCCUGGCGCCGCUGCUCUUCGCCCCCACCACUCCCCUCGUAUGCCCAUAUUCCCUCCAUCCCCGCACUCCACCGCACCCCACCGCAUCAGAGAGCCACCGCGGCGUGCUCUACAUGGACGACGCCAACCUGCUGGACCAUGCCCUGGCGCCGCUGCUCUUCGCCCCCACCACUCCCCUCGUAUGCCCAUAUUCCCUCCAUCCCCGCACUCCACCGCACCCCACCGCAUCAGAGAGCCACCGCGGGGUGCUCUACAUCGACGACGCCAACCUGCUGGACGACGCCCUGGCAGUGCUGCUCUUCGCCGCGCUCGCAGAGGGGUGCAGUGCGGUGGAGCGCGAGGGGCUGUCCGUGCGGCACGCGUGCCGGCCGCUGCUGCUGGCGUCGUUCAACCCGCAGGAGGGCGCUCUCAGGCGCCACCUGCUCGACCGCAUCGCUCUCAUCGUCAGGUGCGCUGGUGGGGUGGGCGUGGGGGUGGGGUUGUGGGUGGGGUGGGUAGAAGGGGAGGAACGAGGCGAGAGGGAAGGGCGCGCUGCGACAGCACGUGCCGUGGGGGAAGGGUGGCUAUGGGGGGGAGAGGGAGGGCGGGGGUGGAAGGCGGUGACGCACUCAUUCUCAAGUGGCACGGAUGCGCCGCUCUCAUUGGAGCAGCGGGUGGCUGCAGCUGACGUGGCGAACGCGUUUUUGGACGGCAGACUGACGGCUGGGGGAGGGGCGAGAGGAAAUGUGGGACCCGAGGGGAAGUCGUUGUUGGAAGAGGAGAAGGGCGAGGAGGGCGAGGAGGGCGAGGAGGGCGAGGAGGGCGAGGAGGACGAGGAGGGCGAGGAGGGCGAGGAGGGCGAGGAGGGCGAGGAGGGCGAGGAGGGCGAGGAGGGCGAGGAGGGCGAGGAGGGCGAGGAGGGCGAGGAGGGCGAGGAGGAGGAGGAGAGCGUGGAGGAGGGGGUGGAAGCAGAUAGGCUGCGAGUGCUGUUUGCACGACAGCUGCUGCCACGUGUCAGCAUCUCACAGGCCCAGAUUGCAUUCCUGGUGGACGCUGCUGUGCAGCUGGAGUGCGAGGGGCAGCGCGCGGAGCUGUUUGCGGUGCGCGCAGCCAAGGCGCUGGCGGCGCUGAACGGGCGAGCGCAGGUCACCCAGGCCGACCUCGUCCGCGCCGCCCAGCUGGCAAUAGUGCCACGUGCCACGGUGGCAUUGGCCAGCGAGCCCAGCAGCAGCCCGCCCCAGUCCGCCCGUGCAGCACCCCCUCCUCCCAGCAGGCGGGCGGACGACAGCAACGAGGAGCCACAGGAGGAGCAGGAGGGCGAGGCCCGUGCAGUGAAGGAGGAUGACCGCCCCCAGUGGGCGAGGAGCAGGUGGUGCAGCAGAGGCGUGUCGCCCCAAGGCCAGUCUCCUCACCCCACUCCGCUCGUCCGCCUCUUCCAGCCACCCCAAGUGGACGAGGCCCACCCGCUGCCAGCAUUCUUUGUAGUGACAGCACACGACACGCUCCUACCCUUCCCUCUCCUCCAUCUCCCCUCUAGUUCCCCCUCUUUCUUCUUUACCUUCCUCCACCAACCCCCACUUCCCACAGCCGCCCCGAGUGGACGAGGAUCAGCUGGUGCCGCCAUCAUUCGUCAUGGCUGGAAAGAACACCCGUCUCCACGCCGCCGCCUCUUUCCUCUCUCUCAUCCCCCCAUCUCUACUCCCCUUCCCCGCCUCUCCCUUACUCCCCCCCAUCAACCCUCGCUGCUCCCAGCCGCCCCCAGUGGGCGAAGAUCAGCUUCAGUGUACGAGCGUCGUUUGAGUGGCAGCACACGACACUCCUCAAAGCACCACUGCACCCUCUCAUACCGUCACUCCUCGCAUUUCCUCCCAUCCUUUCACUUGCCCAGCUGCCUUAAGUGGACGAGGAUCAGCUGGUACCGGCGUCCUUGGUGGUGGCAGCAGAGGACAGCAUCUCCACGCCGCCUCCGCCAUCACUCCCAUCUUUCCCCUCUCUCCCCUUCAUUGGCCCCACCCGCCUCAAGUGGACGAGGAUCAGCCGCCUCUCAUACCGUCACUUCUCCUCGCAUUCCCCCCCGUCCCUUCGCUCCUGCCCAGCCGCCCGAGGUGGACGAGGAGCAGCUGGUGCCAGCAUCCUUCGUCGUGGCAGCGGAGGACACGCGGCUCGAUGCCGCCGCCCUGCAGCUGUUCCAGCGGGCAGCGCGCACGGCGGGGCGGUCGAAGAAUAAGAUCUACUCGGAGGAGCGCGGGCGAUACGUGAAGGCGCUGCUGCCCAAAGGGAAGGCAGUUGGCCGCCAGGUGGGUCAGGCAGUUGGCCGCCAGGUGGGUCAGGCAGUUGGCCCCCACGUGGGUCAGGCAGUUGGCCCCCACGUGGGUCAGGCAGUUGGCCGCCAGGUGGGUCAGGCAGUUGGCCGCCAGGUGGGUCAGGCAGUUGGCCCCCACGUGGGUCAGGCAGUUGGCCGCCAGGUGGGUCAGGCAGUUGGCCGCCAGGUGGGUCAGGCAGUUGGCCGCCAGGUGGGUCAGGCAGUUGGCCGCCAGGUGGGUUGCGAUGGCAGUGUGUCUAGCUGGCCGCCGCGCUGCUUGCUGUGCCGCGCUGCUUGCUGUGCCGCGCUGCUUGCUGUGCCGCGCUGCCAUUGCUGUGCCGCGCUGCCAUUGCUGUGCCGCGCUGCUUGCUGUGCCGCGCUGCCAUUGCUGUGCCGCGCUGCCAUUGCUGUGCCGCGCUGCUUGCUGUGCCGCGCUGCCAUUGCUGUGCCGCGCUGCCAUUGCUGUGCCGCGCUGCCAUUGCUGUGCCGCGCUGCCAUUGCUGUGCCGCGCUGCCAUUGCUGUGCCGCGCUGCCAUUGCUGUGCCGCGCUGCCAUUGCUGUGCCGCGCUGCCAUUGCUGUGCCGCGCUGCCAUUGCUGUGCCGCGCUGCCAUUGCUGUGCCGCGCUGCCAUUGCUGUGCCGCGCUGCCAUUGCUGUGCCGCGCUGCCUCCAAGAUCACGUUCCCUUCCCUCCCAACCCCUCUCGUCGCCUACAUACUGUGCCUCAAAGCAUAUCACCGCGCCCCUUCCCUUCCCUCCCAUCCUCGCCAGGUGGUGCGCCUCGCAGUGGAUGCCACGCUGCGCGCGGCGGCACCGCUGCAGCGGGUGCGGCGUGAGAGGGCGGCGAGGACGGGCGGCAGGGAGCGGCGCAUCUAUGUGGACAAGAGCGACCUGCGGCGGAAGCUGCUGGCGCGGCGAGCGUCGUCUCUGGUGGGCGCAGGGAAGGCUGCAUGCGCGCGUGGUGUUCAUAGUGGUUGGGAGUGGCAGAAAGGCGCUGCUGAGCCACAGUCGACCAAGAACCCCUCCACACACAUGCUCACCUCCCACAUCCCUACCCGCCCCUUCCUUCCAGGUGGUGUGGUGUUCAUAGUGGAUGCGAGUGGCAGCAUGGCGUUGAACCGCAUGGGGGCGGCCAAGGGAGCAGCGCUGCAGCUGCUGGCGGAGAGCUACAGCAAGAGGGACAGCAUCGCUGUCGUGCCGUUUCAUGACCAGCACGCCGACCUGCUCGUGCCGCCCUCCCGCGCCGUCGCCCUUGCCCACAAGCGCCUGGAGAGUUUGCCGUGUGGGGGCGGCUCACCGCUGGCGCACGCGCUGGUGGUGGCGGUGCGGGCGGCGGAGGUGGCUCGGAGGCGCGGCGACGUGGGGCAGGUGGUGGCGGUGCUCAUCACCGACGGCCGCGCCAACGUGCCGCUCUCUGCGUCGCUCGAGGCCCUGGAGGGGGGCGGUGGUGGCGGAGAGGGUGCGACGGGCGCAGGCGGGGAGGAGAAGCUUCCUCCUCGGCUUGAAGACAUCAAGGAGGAGGUGUUGAGCAUAGCGGCCAAGAUGGGGGCAGCAGGCAUACAGCUGCUGGUAAUCGACACCGAGAACAAGUUUGUUUCCUCUGGCUUCGCAAAGGAGAUUGCGAAACACUCUCAAGGUGAGUACUCUUAA